UGGGGGCAUGAGGCAUCCUGCUCAUGUCCUCCACGCUUAGGCAAAAGGGUAUUAGACAGAAGUAAUGCUGGCAGGUUUGAGUGCUCUGUCUGCUCUCCAGUCUGAACACUGACAUGGGGAGCACCAGCAAGGUGGUCCAGUUCUUCAACAGGCGACAGAGUCUUUUCCCAAACUACAAAGUCACAAAUUCCGACAUCAAUCGAAGAUCUUCCGAGACUGUUUAUCCGUUAGCAAAGGAGAGGUGUGUGCGGACAUGGAACUCCAUGCAAGAUCUGAGCAAAGACAUCUACGACAUCUACACCGAGUAUGAAGAUGAAGACGAUGAUGCCCAGCACGGUUGUUCCAGGCAGAUAUGCCCAUCCAAGAAUUAUAUGAUCAACAUCAAUGUAGGUGGGAAACCUUUCCAGAUUGCCUACAAGAUGGCGGCCAGGUACCCUAAAACCAGAAUAGGACGUCUGGCCACCUACACCGACCACAACAUGAAGUUGGAUCUGUGUGAUGACUACACCGUCAACAACAAUGAGUUCUUCUUCGACAGAGACCCCGACAUCUUUCACAGCAUCUUCAACUUCUACCGGACAGGCGUGCUGUGGAUCAAGGAUGAGCUUUGCCCCCGCAAUUUCCUGGAGGAGAUCAACUACUGGGGGGUGAGGAUAAAGAACACCCACCGCUGCUGCCGCAUCUCCUUCGAGGAGAGGCAGGACGAGCUGAACGAGCAACUGAAGAUCCAGAGGGAGCUGGAAGCUGAGGUGGAGAUUGAGGAGAAUGAAGAGCUCUUUCAAGAUAUGUUCAUGGGCCAGAAGCGACGAGCCAUCUGGAACUUGAUGGAGAAGCCAUUUUCUUCAGUCAAGGCCAAGCUCAUGGCGGUGGCCUCCAGUCUCUUUGUCCUGAUCUCUCUGGUGGCCAUGACACUGAACACAGUGGAGGAGAUGCAGUACAGGACUCCAAUGGGGCAGCUCAGUGGAAAGACCUACUGGGAGUAUGUGGAGUCAAUGUGCAUUGCUUUCUUCACCAUGGAGUAUCUGCUACGCCUGGUGUCCACCCCUGACCUCAGAGCCUUCAGCAGGAGUGUGCUCAACACCGUGGACCUGAUCGCCAUCCUGCCUCAGUACCUGCAGGCCAUACUGGAGUUCUUUGACAACGAGGAAAACUACAUGAAGCACGAGGCCGACAUGCAAGCGGUGGGGCAGGUGGGAAAGCUCGGUCAAGUCCUGCGGAUCAUGAGACUGAUGCGGAUCUUUCGCAUUUUGAAGCUGGCACGACACUCCACAGGCCUGCGGGCGUUUGGGUUCACUCUGCGCCAGUGCUACCAACAAGUGGGCUGCCUCUUCCUUUUCAUUGCCAUGGGGAUCUUCAGCUUCUCUGCCAUGGUUUAUACUGUGGAGCACGACAUGCCUCAUACAAACUUCACCAGCAUUCCUCACGCAUGGUGGUGGGCAUCUGUCAGCAUCUCCACGGUGGGAUACGGCGACGUCUACCCAGAGACCAUCCUGGGUCGCCUCUUUGCUUUCAUCUGCAUCGCUUUUGGAAUCAUCCUCAACGGUCUGCCCAUAUCCAUCCUCUUCAACAAGUUCUCAGACUACUACUCCAAACUCAAGUCCAAUCAGUACACGGCCUCCCUGAAGAAGCGAGGGAAAGUGAGGUUUGCCAAGCGGACCGCACAGAAGCUCAACCUCUGCUUUGCAAAUGGCCGCUGUCAUGCAAACUAAACUGGAACUCACUUGGAGAACUGUGUGGUGGUUCAGUGACUGAUGGAGAUUCUCUACUAGGCUGCCUGAAAAAACCUGAAAAGGCAGGCUGCAAAAGAAAUUCAUUAAAGAUUGAACUGAUCAACAUUUCCUUUUUAAACCAGACAUUUAUAUAUAUACUGUAUAUAUAUAUAUAUAUAUAUUUUAUAUUUUUCCAACUCAAUACAUUUACUUUGAUGACCUUAGUCUUAUAUUACCCUUGACCACUGUAUCCAUCAUGACUUGUUAAUCAUAUUUACACACGGCAGAGACUAUAGCAAGGUUUACAAUGUUAUUUUGUUAGUACAUCAAAAUGAAAUUAUAUUUCUACAGUAUUUCCAGUUGCAGUCAAAUAUUGUAGCAUCCUGGGUUUCUUUCUUGCAGUAUAAAUAUUGUCUGGCUUCAAUUAGGAUGAGACAGCAUGUUAAGAGAAUAAGAACAUACUGUAUAUUUCCUAUGCUUAAUAACAUUUUUGGCACCUUGAUAUGGAUAGUGAUGGAUGGAUGUUCUUAUGAUCCCCGUCCUUCACACAAGAAAUGAGCAUCCUACGAUCCUAGGCAGCAUGUAAAUGUCACCUGUUUUUGAUGAUUCAGUGCAAUAAACCUGUGUGCUUUUAA